AUGGGCCACCAACUGAGCACUGUGUUCACUGGCUUAGGGAGAUUCUUUGAGUACCCUGUAAAAAGAAAACCAAUAUGUUUCUAUCGUCAGGAAGACUUUACUGCAACAGGUGAACCUCAAAAAAGAGCCACUGAUGUCCCCCAGGCGGCCAUGACAGAUUAUGACAAUUUAGUCGAUUUGUUUUAUAAGAGACUGGCGGAGCAGCGCCAGUACAAUCAAAAGGUGGUGCAGAGGUUCCCUGGCUGGAACGAGAUCACGAUCGCCAACCUACACAGCCUCUUCUUACUGUUCGACAACCAGACCAACGGAAUGUUAGGCUUUGAAGAUUUUUGCGCAGUACUCGAGAGCUUGGGCGAUGAGAGCUCCAUGGAGUUUCGAAAAGAAAAAUUCACUGCCACAGACAGCGACAACGACGGGUGGAUCACAUACGAUGAAUUUUUAUCGGUAAACGAUAUGGGUCUGACGCAGAACGUGCACUUCGCAAAAUGUGCACUUGACAAAAAAUGCGCUUUUCGCAUUUGGUGCACUUCUCAAAAUGGGCACUUCGCAGAAUGA